AUGGCAAGCAAGACAUGGCUCGUCACGGGCGCCUCGCAAGGUUUGGGCCUGGCGAUAGCAUUAUCUGCAUUAAAGGCUGGCCAUAAAGUCAUUGCAGGCGCUCGAAACCCAGAUGUAGCAACGAAAGAACAUCCAGAAGUUCUGGCAACAGGAGGUGAAUGGCUCAAGCUUGAUGUCUCGCUACCAAGCACCAAGGAGAUUGUUCAACAGGCCGCGGAAGAGGCGGGAGGUAUUGAUGUUGCAGUCAACAACGCAGGAUAUAGCCUCGCGGGCCAAAUCGAAGACCUGAAAGAAGAGGAAAUGAAAGCCUCCAUGGAAGCCAACUUCUGGGGACCGGUUCGUGUCAUCCUGGGGGUUCUUCCUUCCAUGAGGGCGAAGAAGGCAGGCACCAUUGUGUCCAUCUCGUCCAUCUUCGGCUUUCAUCCAUGUCCAGCAAUGGCGAUGUACUCUGUUCCUAAAGCCGCCCAGGACAUGCUUCAGUCGGUUCUAAAGUCAGAACUGGCCAUGUUCAAUAUCCGGCCAGUUAUAAUCACGGCCGGGCUCUACAAGACCAAUGUUUUGCUUCAUGCGAAGCAGCCGAGCAGUGGAUUCGGAGACAUCUAUUGUUGA